AGUAGCAAGCAGACCCACUUCCUUCGCGGCACUGUCUUGUCAGUUGCCUUUGCCUUUGCCAACUCUCCCCAUCGCACUAGAUCUCCCCUUCAAUUCUUCAUCCCAAUCUCCGCUUAACUGUUCCAAUGGAUUCCUCAGACGAAGAGGGAGAGGAGUACCUCUUCAAGGUGGUGAUCAUCGGCGACUCCGCGGUGGGGAAAUCCAAUCUGCUGUCCCGCUACGCCCGCGACGAGUUCAACUUGCACUCCAAGUCCACAAUUGGGGUAGAGUUCCAGACCCAGACCCUUGAAAUCGACGGCAAAGAAGUGAAGGCCCAGAUUUGGGACACCGCCGGCCAAGAGCGCUUCCGCGCCGUCACCUCCGCUUACUACCGCGGCGCCUUUGGCGCUCUCGUCGUCUACGACAUUAGCCGCCGCACUACCUUCGACAGCAUCCCGCGUUGGCUCGAUGAGCUUAAGACACAUUCUGAUACGACUGUUGCAAGGAUGCUUGUGGGCAAUAAAUGCGAUUUGGGGGAUAUCAGGGCUGUGACUGUAGAAGAAGGGAAAAGCUUGGCAGAAGCCGAAGGGUUAUUCUUUAUGGAGACAUCUGCUCUGGAUUCGACAAAUGUGAAGCAGGCUUUCGAGAUCGUUAUCCGGGAGAUAUAUAACAAUAUUAGCAGAAAGGUUUUGAACUCUGAUUCUUUCAAGGAAGAAGUAUCUGUGAACCGUGUUAGCCUUGUCAGUAAUGGUGGCCCCGAUGGAUCUAAGCAGAAACAAGGCUAUUCUUGUUGUUCCAGGUAACCGGGUUUCUACACCAAUGGUUGUCACGCGCCAUUCAUAUCUACACACGCGAACCUGUGAGUGAAUAACAAGAUUGGAUUAAUCACCGCUAGUCUACAAUUCAAGGUCUUGUAAAGGUUUGUUUAACUAUUUGGUUUGGUCGGUUUGUGGGUUCAUUUGUUUUCAUUUUUGAAUUUCGAGAGAUCUCAAUUACAUGAAAGGUCACAUAUACAACCUGUGGAAAUUAUAGUUGUAUUUUUUUUUUCUAUGGAUCCAUCAUCAUCAAUAUAUCUUGUAAGUGAACACUAUUUCUCUGUUAAUUAUGUGUUUCAACUGCAGUUGUUUACCUAUGAAUUUCUUUA